GGUGUGUUUGUGCGGACAUUAAAACAAAACCAGCCAUUCCUGGGUAUUUCUGACAAAGAUAUUUUGUGUGUGGAGAUAGCCGGUCUGUGUCAUGAUUUGGGACAUGGCAUUUUGUCACACUUCUUCGAUCAACAAUUUCUUCCAAGUGUUGAAACGUCGAAGGAAACGACGCAUGAGUCAAUAUCCGUGAGAAUGUUCCGACAUUUGGUACAAGAGAACCGGUUAAUGCAAGCAGAUGGGAAAUUGAGAAGUUUUGGGCUGGAUGAUAACGACAUUUUGUUUAUAGAGGAACAGAUUUCUGGGGAUACGACAUACCUACAGGGGGAAUGGAAGUAUAAAGGCAGAGGCAAGGAAAAAGCCUAUUUGUACGAGAUAGUCUCCAACAAACGUAACGGCAUUGACGUGGAUAAAUUCGAUUAUUUCGCCCGAGACUGUCAUCAUCUGGGUAUCAGCAACAACUUCGACUACACUCGCUACAUGAAGUUUGCCAGAGUUAUAGAGGUGGAUGGUCAAUUGCAGAUUUGUAUUAGAGAAAAGGAAAUGUCGAAUCUGUACAACAUGUUUUACACCAGAUUCAACUUACACAAGCAAGCGUACCAACACAAGGUCAAAUGUGCUAUCGAAGCCAUGGUGAAGACGGCUUUGCUGAAGGCCAAUGACUUUAUAUUCUUCCAAGGUUUACAGAGACAGUACCGAAUGUCCGAGUGUAGCCAGGACAUGGAAGCCUUCUCACAACUGACCGACAACGUCCUCUUUAAGAUCCUCUACAGCCCAGACCCCAGACUGAAAGAGUCACGUGAUUUGAUCAACAGAAUCUUCAAGAGGGAUCUCUACAAGACUGUCUACGAGAGUUACCCUGUUGCUGCCGAGGAAUUGUCUACGAUUGCUGAAGCGAAAAUUCAAAAAGAAAUAAAAGAAAUUGCGGACAGUUCUAAUUCAGAUCUACAAAUUGACGAUUUUGUAGUCGGGAUAGCUCACUUGGACUUUGGCAUGAACAAAAACAACCCAACAGAGAGGCUUAACGUCUACCAUAAGGACGACAUUAACAGGGGCACACAACUGAGGAGCGAACAUGUCAGUACCAUACUUAGUCCCAGCAAGUUUAGUGAGGUGAUUGUGCGAGUUUUCAGCUGCAGUAAAGACGACCGGAAAAGUGAGCGGAUACAUUCAUCAUCACGAGAGUGGUUUGACAAGAAUGUUAAGAAAAUAGCCCAGGUCUAAUAGAGGAAAUAUUUUAUUUAUAGACAAUAGUGAUAACAAGAUGAUUUAAUCAUGUUUAUGUGGACCACUAAAGAUUAAAACUGUAAUUAUUAGAUUUUAAUUAGGUCACAUUGUCUGUCUGUGGGCUUGUGGCGAAUCAAUUUUUGACCCACUUCUGAUGCAGCUAUUUUGUUUCAACUUUCUAAAUAAUUUGACUCCCAUCAAAAUACAAGAUUAUAUAAUUUUCAAUUUGAUCAGAUAAUAAUUUAACUAUUACAAUUCAUUUAAAAUAUCUAUAUUCGAUAAACAAUUAUUUAAAAACCUCUUAGAUAAAAAAAAAAUAAUAACACAAAUUGACUUUAGGUAUAAUAUUAAAUAGUAAAAGCAUUUGUCGUACAAGACUUAUUUAAUACAUAUUUUUUAUUGACUGAUUUAAUAAGUCUCAACAGACUCCAAACAAUUGUAAAGAUAAAGAGAAAUUACGAUCUAAAGAUGCAAGAAGAAAUAUUUUAUAUGUUACUGUUAUGUAGUUUUGUAGUAUUAGACAAACUCUUCAAGGUAAAGGGUUCAUUGUUACAAAAUUAUACUGCAAUACUAUAAUGUUUAUAAGUCUUUAAAAUGCAUUUUUUUCUGCUACUGUAAAUAAAUAUAUAUACCUACAGGGCUGGUAAAAUACUAAAAUUUUUAAGCAUUAUGGAUUCGUAUCUUUGUGUUACAUAUACAGAGUCUUUUGAAUGUGAUUUGUCAUAUUAGCAUUUUAAUUUUAAAAAAUAGAAAGUUAUU